UCUAUAAACUUUCACUCCAGCACACUCUUUCUUUUCAAGCAUCACUUUCUCGCUCCUUCUCCUCUUCUCUUUCUCUACAACAUCAAUGGAAACAUUGUUGGUGUUUAUAGGAGUUAUAGGUAAUAUCAUCUCAGUUCUCAUGUUUGCUUCUCCAAUAAAGACCUUUUGGAGGAUAGUGAAGAACAAAUCAACAGAGGACUUUGAGCCAACACCAUAUGUUGUCACCCUUCUUGGUUCUUGUCUAUGGGUUUAUUAUGGUCUUACCAAGCCUGAUGGUCUUCUUGUUGCCACUGUUAAUGCUGUUGGCAUAUUCUUGGAGGCCAUUUAUGUUCUCUUGUUCCUCUUCUUCUCUUCUUCACCAUCCAUUAGGAUGAAGACAAUCUUCCUAGUCAUUAUUUUGGACAUCUUUUUCGGGCUCGUAUUUUUCACUACUCAGUUUUUAAUGGACGGAAGCUUGAGACUGACUAUUGUCGGCAUCAUUUGCACUUGUCUCAAUAUUCUUAUGUACGGUUCUCCUCUGAUGAUCAUGAAAACAGUGAUAAACACAAAAAGCGUGGAAUACAUGCCUUUCUUUCUAUCAUUUUUUCUCUUCCUCAACGGCGGAGUCUGGGCUCUGUAUGCAAUACUCGAUCAUGAUGUCUAUCUUACCAUACCAAAUGGGAUGGGAUUCAUCUUAGGAACACUUCAACUUAUGCUGUAUAUGAUAUACAUGAACCCAAAGGCAAAGGUGGAUAAACAAAGUGGUGAAGAAAGAUGGCAACAACACCAGAGUUUAUUAAUUGACCCAAAUGAAUCAAUUGAACGUGAUCAAGAACAAGGAUGAAACUUAUAUAUAUAUAUUUAUUUAUCUCCAUGUUGUAAAAGUUACUUUUUUUUUAAAAAAAACGAAAGAUGUUGUAAAAGUUACAUUGCAUUGCUGAAUCUCUCCCAAUUACUUA